UUUAACUUUAAUACCAAUUUAAUUUUCUUAAUUUAGAAAAAAAUGUCGAGGAAGAGAAAGUACAGUGAAGAUGACGACGAAGACGAUACCUUUUACUACCGAUACUCCUCCGCACCAUCACCGGCGCCGUCGUCGUCUUCCGUCACAUCCAAAAACGUUUCCAUUUCAAAAUCCUCUCACGGCGGCGGCGGCGGAAUCAGCGGCAGCGGUGGACUAGCUCCAUCAAAAUCAACAGUUUACGUGAGUAAUCUCGAUUAUACCUUGACAAAUUCCGAUCUCCAUACAAUCUUCUCCAAUUUCGGCAAGGUUGCAAAGGUAACUGUAGUUAAAGAUCGGGUUACUCGAAAGAGCCGUGGGGUAGCAUUCAUCCUUUUCAUUUCUAGAGAAGAUGCGAUUAAAGCUGUGAAAGGAAUUGAUAAAAAAUUACUGAAUGGACGAACCCUAACUGCGUCAAUUGCUUCUGAUAAUGGCCGUGCAGCUGAAUUUAUUAGGAAGAAGGUUUAUAAGGAUAAAAGUAGGUGUUAUGAGUGUGGGGAAGAAGGGCAUUUAUCGUAUGAGUGUCCGAAGAAUCUGUUUGGGCCAAGGGAAAGGCCUGAGCCACCAAAGAAAGGGCGGAGGGGUGGUGGAGGAGGAAAGAGGGGUGAUGAGGGUAGGGGUGGGGAGUGGGAGGAUGACGAGGAGGAGGAGGACGAGGCGGAUGAUGAAGGAGGAGCGCGUUUUGCUGACGAUAAUUGGGCUUCUGUAGUGGAUAGAGGAGCAGAGGAGAGGUUAUUGAAAGGAGAUAACGACGAAUUCAAGAAGGAAGCAAGGAAGGAGAAGAGAAAAGGUUAUUUUAGUGAUGAGAGUGAUGAGGAGGAUUGACAGCUCUUUUGAUGAAAAAUUCGAGCUUUUAAGCUUGUUUUCGAAGUUGAGGAAUGGUUUUCGAUGGUGUUAAGUGAAGGUAUUUCGAAAAAUUUCAAUCCUUCUAUAGUCUUUUGGUAAUUGUUGAGUGUUAUUUGAUCUCGAUUAUAAAUAUCAAUAUGAUGUUGCAUAUCAAUGAUUGUGGAACGAGAUAGUAGUAUGUGUAGAAAUAUAAAACUUAUAUAGCUUUAAGUUUGUGUCUUGUUGACAAAAUGCUGUUCUUGGUAAAAGUUUCAUUUUAUGAACAAUGUGGUUCUUUUGUUAGUUUUGUUUUCCUCUUCCAUUGGAGUUUGAGUUAUGUUAUAUAUAUGUUUAACUA